CAAAGAAGUGUAAAUGCAGCAACAAGAGUGAGUGGUUGAAGACAGAUCAAAUGAUGUUUCAUCAAUCAGUUGAUGCUAGACAAAUCCUGCGUCACAGGGUGCUGAUAGCUGUAUUACUUGUAUUUGCCCAGGACCUGAGCAGCGGAGGAGGAGCACAGGCAUGGACCUACAAUUACAGCAUCAGUCCAAACCGUAGAUGGCUUGAGGCCAGCCUGUGGUGCAAGCAGCACUUCACAGACAUGGCGGCCAUCCAGAAUCAGGAGGAGACUGACUUCCUGAACAAUCUGCUGCCGUUUAACCAAAAAUAUUACUGGCUAGGAAUUCGCAAAGUGGGUGGAGGAUGGAUCUGGGAUCGAACCGAUGAGAAGGUGCCCCAAGAGGCUCAGAAUUGGGCAACAGAGGAGCCAGAUAACAUAGUGGAUCAGGACUGUGUAGAGAUUUAUAUUAAGCGGGAGAUUGACACAGCCAAGUGGAACAAUGAAAACUGUCGCAAGAAGAAGGGAACUGUCUGCUACACUGUAUCUUGUACACAGGAUUCCUGCAGUGCCCAUGCAGACUGUAUGGAGACCAUAGGGAACUAUACCUGCCAGUGCCAUCCUGGUUUCCAGGGGUCACGCUGUGAAGAGGCAAUUGAAUGCAAAACAUUGCUGGAUCCAGAACAAGGUUCCCACUACUGUUUCCAUCCCUAUGGCUCCAAUCGUUUCAACUCUUCCUGCCAUUUCCAAUGUGAACUUGGCUUUCAGUUGGUAGGUGUGCCCCAACUGCUAUGCCAAGCCAGUGGAAAUUGGAACCAUCCUGUUCCUCUGUGUCAAGUUGAACAGUGUCCGGUUCUGAACCACGCCAACAUCAGUGGAGGUGAUAUGAACUGCAGCCAUCCCAUUGCACCUUACAGCUACAACUCCACCUGUGAGGUCAGGUGUAACGAAGGCUAUGAGCCCAGUGGACAGGACCAGAUACGUUGUGACCACACCGGCCGGUGGACAGCCAGUGUCCCAGCAUGCACAGUGAAAAAGUGCUCCCCCAUUUUCUCUCCUGUUACGGGCAACAUGACAUGCGUGGACACUCUGGAGCCUUUCUCCUUUGGCUCACAGUGUAACUUCACUUGCCAGGAAGGCUACUACCUCACCGGAGACAACAUACUCACCUGUCUGGCCUCUAGACAAUGGAGUGAACCUACACCUACAUGCACAGUGGUACAGUGCGAGAGUCUAAAGGCUCCGCCCCGUGCCUCCAUGCAAUGCCAGGACCCUCUAGGAGUGCAUAGCUAUGGCUCAAUAUGCACCGUGCAAUGUGAAGAAGGAUUUGAUCUGAUUGGCACAAACGUGACAAAUUGUUCUUCGCAGGGCAACUGGAGUCACGCACUUCCUGUUUGCCAGGCUAAGAGGUGUGGUCCAAAAAAUUCUCCUCCUCAUGGCUCCCUGUCCUGUUCUGACCCAAAUGGUUCCUUCAGUUUUGGUUCUCAGUGCACAACAGCCUGUAACGAUGGCUUUCUACUGAAUGGGACAGCCAGCACUGAGUGCACCUCCCUGGGCAUGUGGAGUGCAGACAUCCCACGUUGCUUGGCUAAGAGAUGUUCCACUCUGAGCUCUCCCCGUCAUGGCUCCUUAGCCUGCUCUGAUCCCCAUGAAGAGUUCAGUUUUGGUUCUCGGUGCACAUCAACCUGUGAGGAGGGAUUUCUCCUGAAUGGUACAGCUGACACGGAGUGCACCUCUCUGGGCAUGUGGAGUGCAAACAUCCCACGUUGCUUUGCUAAGAGAUGUCCCACUCUGAGCUCUCCCCGUCAUGGCUCCUUAGUCUGUUCUGAUCCCCACAAAGAGUUCAGUUUUGGUUCUCGGUGCACAUCAACCUGUGAGGAGGGAUUUCUCCUGAAUGGUACAGCUAACACAGAGUGCACCUCUGUGGGCGUGUGGAGUGCAAACAUCCCACGUUGCUUGGCUAAGAGAUGUCCCACUCUGAGCUCUACUCGUCAUGGCUCCUUAGUCUGUUCUGAUCCCCAUGAAAAGUUCAGUUUUGGUUCUCGGUGCACAACAAACUGCGAGCUGGGUUUUCUCCUGAAUGGAACAUCUAACACGGAGUGCACCUCUCUGGGCGUGUGGAGCAGAGAAAUCCCCCUCUGUCUGCCACAGCCAUGCCCUCUACUGGCCAAGGCUCCUCAACAUGGGAGGAUGAACUGUAGCCAUCCAUACUCGCCUUUCAGCUAUGGCUCCCACUGUAAGUUUGAAUGCAAUGAGGGUUUCAGGCUGAAAGGAACACCAACUAUGACUUGCAACAACUCAGGCCACUGGAGUCAGGAUCUACCCACCUGCCAGCUGGUACAGUGUGAGGCUAUUCGUGUCUGGUCUUUACCUCUGUCUAUGAACUGCUCCCAUCCUCUGGGGAACUUCAGCUUUGGCUCCCAAUGUCUUUUCUCCUGUAAAGAGGGAUAUUCCCUGAAUGGCAGAGAGGUGUUGUUUUGCUCUUCCACUGGAUUUUGGAACGCCAGUCAGCCUAAAUGCACAGCGGAAGGUAUGCCAGUGGGGACAGCCAUGCUGAUGUAUACAGGUGUAGGUGCAGCCUCUGUUGUCGUGCCACUUGUCCUGAUAGGACUGGGUUUGUUGAUUAUGAUGCGAUUUAAGAAAAGAGGAAAUAUGAUCAUGUCUGAUGUGCCAGCUUGGGGAGACAGAGAGAAUCCAGCAUUUGAAUUUUGAUUUAUUUUAGUUAGUUCUGUUUGUAGCAAAUACUGCAGUCAAAUGCUUGCUAUCAUAGUUAUUGCGUGAUACUGGUACAAAAAUAUUAUAGUAGGCCUAGAGCUUCAUAUUAACUGUGAUUUUAAUUUCCACUCAGAUAAUCCUUAAAAUUUUGAUAAUAAUGCACUUGAAAUAUUGACAUAGGAGUGGAUUUUCACCCCUGUCCCAUCACACUACCAUAAAAAUACUCCUGUCCCAUCCGAAUCCCAGAAGAAUGACUCCCGCCUCAUCCCAUUCAUGAUAAAAAAAACUAGCAUUUAUUUUUAAUAUUCCACAGGAAUCCCAUGACCCACACAAUUCACAAUUUAAACCUCUAAUGCACAUUUUGCAUGAAAACCUUCACCUUUUGUUAUUAAACAACCCAAAGCAUGAUACACAAUUCAUGCACAAUACACAUACAAUUUGUAUGCAGCCUUGGCUUUGUGUUCUGCUUGUAGCCUAUAUUGAUAAAUUGUCAAUAAACCAUCAACAAUUCUUGAA